AUGGGUUCGCUCGCUGUGAACAUUUGGCGGUCUACAGUAAACAAUGCCGCCUUUACAACCCCAUUGAGUUGGGGAAGCUCUAUCUUCAUCAGUGGGAAUUUGAUUGGCCUUUAUGAUGCGCAGAAGGUUUUACCUGCCAAAUUAUGCAGUGGAGUUUCAAUUAGCCCUAGAGCUUUUGCAAGUCGGAAUUCGGUGAAGAAAUUGAGGAGGGACGGAGAAGCACGGAAAAGAGUAGCAGAUAAGAGCACUGCUUCUGAAGAUGAUUAUGUUCAAAUUGACAAGAAGGUGGACCCUUCUGAUAAUUUAACUGCAGAGGAAUUGGUUGUAUUCCCUCCCAGAGGGGCUGUGCUUCAGGCUUGCACUGUUACUUCUGGGUUGAUAGCCGCAUUGGGUAUAAUAAUUCGACAGGCAUCUCAUGUUGCAUCAAUUGAAGGAUUGCCAGUCUUUGACUGCUCAUUGGACAUAUCAUUUGAUUUUGAGGUGUGGUAUCUUGAGUUGAUUACAGGAUUAGUUAUUGUUAUAUCAUUAUGCCGAUAUCUCUUGUUGAAGACAUGGCCAGAUUUUGCAGAAUCUAGCAAAGCUGCCAAUCAGCAGGUCCUCAGUUCACUUCAACCUUUAGAUUACAUAAUCGUCGCGUUUUUGCCUGGGAUUAGCGAGGAACUUCUUUUCCGGGGUGCACUGCUACCACUUUUUGGAUCUAAUUGGAGGAGUGCAUUGGCCGUCGCCAUCAUUUUUGGUGUUCUACACCUGGGGAGUGGCCGAAAGUAUUCCUUUGCCGUUUGGGCAACUUUUGUUGGGCUUGUGUAUGGUUAUGCAACCAUCGUCUCCUCCAGCCUUAUCGUGCCAAUGGCUGCUCAUGCAGUGAACAAUUUGGUGGGAGGGAUAUUAUGGCGCUACCGAUCAGAUUCACCACGGCGGAUAUGA